AUGCCGAAAGAAGUGCCAGUAGACUUGAGAAAUAAUUCUUCAGCAGAAACAGUUUUUAGACGAAAAAAUUCUGAUUUAAUAGCAAAAUUAGCUAAAGAAACCCUCUUUAAUGAAAGAGAAGUAACGCAGCUGGCUGUUUUACACAAAAAUAUUUCAAGCACCCGAGGUCCAUUAACACGACAAGUGUUCCGAGAUGUUUUUCAUGGAGGACUCGAUUUUACCGAAAAUUUACGUCAUCUUUUGAUAGAUCGGAUCUACGGACAUUUCAAUAAAACAAACAAACUAAAGCUUCCAAUUGAACAUUGGGUUUCGGGUCUUUCAACAAUUUUUCGUGCUCCACUGCCAGAUAAAACUAAAUUUGCUUACAAAAUUUAUGAUUUGAUGAGAUCGAAUAAAAUCACUAAAGAGCAAAUGUUUCCAAUGCUUCGAGGAUGCAUGAUAAAGUUACCCCCUGAAGACGAUGCCGACGAAACUGUCAGGGAUAUGAUAGACUUAUUACUGAAAGCUCUUGAUGUUGACCGUGACGGCGAAAUAUCGUACGAAGACUUUUCGAGCGUCGUUUUAGAUAAUUACGAUCUUUAUCUCGAGAGUAUGGGACCAGUUUUUCCAUCUCGUGAAGCUGCUCACGCCUUUAUGACAACUUUUACCGAUGAAUUGAACAAAUUCUAA